AUGGCCAAUAUUUCACAGACUUUUUCUGAAGGGGCUUCAAUAAACAGACCACCCUUAUUUUUUGGAGAUAACUAUCCUUUCUGGAAAAUCAGAAUGAAGAUCUUUUUAGAAUCAGUUGAUAAAGGUGUAUGGAAUGCUAUUGUUAAUGGUCCAUUCAUACCUACAAAAAUUGUGGAAGGAAAAACUAUGCCUAAAGAUUUCUUAUCUUGGACUCUUGAUGAAAAUAAACGUGCUCAUUAUGAUGUGAGAGCCAAGAAUAUAAUCUCAUCUGCACUAACAUUGGAUGAAUUCUAUAGGGUAUCAAUUUGUCAAUCCGCCAAAGAAAUGUGGGAUGUGUUAGAGGUAACUCAUGAAGGCACGGAUGAAGUCAAGAGAGCUAGAAAGAACACAUUAAUCCAGGAGUAUGAAAUGUUUAGGAUGAAGGCUGAAGAAACAAUCUAUGAUGUGCAAAAAAGGUUCACUCAUAUUGUGAAUCAUCUCAUAGCCUUGGGAAAGGUCUUUGAAAAGGAAGAACUGAAUAUCAAAAUACAGAAAAGUCUGAAUAGAGCAUGGCAGCCUAAGAAGAAAGCCAACAAAGAUAAAGAAACAACAGAUCAGGAGGAUGAAAAUUCUGAUUAUGAGACAUUAAAUCUGAUGGUAAAACGUUUCCCAAGAUUUUUGAAGUACAAAAAUAAAUCUAAUGCAAAAUCUGCAGCUGCAAGAAAUAGAAGAUUCCCUUCCAAGAGGCAAGAGUCAUCAUUUAGCACUCCAACAUGUUAUGAGUGUGGCAAAUCUGGUCAUAUCAAACCUGAUUGUCCAAUUCUCAAGAUCAAAAAGAAAUUGGAGGAAAAGAGUGAGGCCACAAACAAGUCCAAGAGAGUGAAGAAAGCAUAUAUUGCUUGGGAGGAAAAUGACUCCAGCACCUCUAGUGAUUCAAGUGAAAACCAUGAAGAAGAAACAAAUCUGUGUUUGAUGGCUGAUACAAAUUCCUCUGCCAGUAGUGUAAGUGAUCUUGAAUCUACUGAUGAAAUCUAUGAAAAUAGGUGCUAUCAACUACUUGAUGUAUAUAAUGAGUUCAAUGAAGAGUCUAGAAAGUUGCAAUACUCUAAUAACAGACAUAAAGGUGAAAAUAGGUGGCUUGAAAAUAGAUUAAAACAACUUGAAACAGAAAAUGAAGAGUUGAAAACUGAGCUUGAAAAUAUUGAAAAGCAUAAAAGUGAUAAUUGCAAAAAGAGUGUGCUUAAUUAUGAAAUUUGUUCCAAACAAUUAGAGAGAAUCAAAUAUCUAAUGAGUACCUUAACUAGAUUCCCUCUAGGAAGAAAUUAUCUAGAUGCUAUGCUAGGUUCCCAAAGAAGUGUACUGAACAGAGAAGGCAUAGGAUAUGCAGAACACGAGAAUCAACUUAAUAGUCGACUAGAGUCAAGGAAACUCAUUAACAUGAGUAAACCAUCUUCUAUUGUAUGCUUUUACUGUUGCAAACCUGGUCAUACAUCAAAUAAAUGCUACUUUAAGAAUCAUGGUGUUCCUGAAGGUAAAUAUAAAUGGAUAGCCAAGAAUUCAAAUGUUUUGUCUAACAUGAAAGGACCCAAAUUCAAUUGGAUACUUGCAUCAUAUGUUUAA